AUGUUAAUGACGAACUUAAAUGAACCGCAAAAGCAAGAGGAUCAUUUGAUUGUCAAAGCACCGAACUCGAGUUAUUUGCUGAUACCAUCAAAUUGGUUUUUGAAUUCAACAAAACAACGUAUCAGUCAAGGAAGGAUUGGUUCAUUCAAAAAGAAUCCUACCGAAAGGAAAAAAGCACAUAAAGGAAGUGUGAUGACAGUCGGUACACGUGAACAUUGUGAAAAAUAUUUAAAACAAAUAGUAAUGAAUGAAAAGACUGAUGUCACCGAUGAGCAUUCUUUUUCAAUCGGACAAGUAGAGCAACAACACAUCAGAAUGAUUAAAAAUAAUAAUAAAAAUGAAGAAACGGAAACCGAAUCAGUAACAAGUUUAAAAUUGAAUGAAACACAGGAAAUACGAACAAAUAAACAUUCUCAGAUAGAACAUAAAGACCGACAACAAGCUGGAUUUAUGCAUUCUCGUAUUAUUUUGGGAGUUAGUGAUGAAAACACAUCGACAACAAAAAAGAAAAAGAAACCUCAAUCUGUUCUAUUGCCAAAAAUAGGCAAGAAAAAAGAUAACAAAGAAAAUUUACGUAUAAAUAAUGAGCCAGAACAAAGUAAUCAACAGCCUAGUACAUCAACAACAAAGUUAAGUCUCUCAGUAUUUCAACAAAUACUUCUCGAUGAUGAUGAAAUGCUAGUCGAUGAUGAUAUGGACGACGACUUUGCUGAGUUGAAUAGUCCGCCCGACGUCAACAUAUCCUAUCGAGAACGUUGUGAUACUCUACAAACGAAAAUUAUCAAAAUGAGAAAAAGAAUCAAAAAGUUAAAAGCAGAAAUAAAAAAUUUAAAGGUGUCAACUAUGCAAAGACCAGAACCUGAGAUGCAGCAGGCUAUUGUUGCUUUGGGUCGUCUUUUCCAAGCUCAAGCAUUGUCGGAUGAGCAGUUAGGUCAAUUUGCACAAGCAUUUGGAUUGGAUGUUAAUCAAGUCAUGGAAGCUGUUGGACCAUCAAUGCGUAAAACAGCACGUAGUUUGAUUAGAGCUAAAUAUGGUGAACAACGAUUGUCAAUGAUGACAACUAAGUAUGGUGUACCAAAAAAAGAACGAAAGUUAAUUCAUAAAUUUGUACAACUAUAUCAUCCAUUAGAAGCUUAUAAUCAUUAUCGCGUGGAAGAAGCAAUGGAUUCAGCAAUACGUUAUUAUCGUAUUAAACGAGAAAAAGCUGAAUUAAAACAACAUACAUUACAAUUGACACAUGAACAACAACAUUCAAUUGCUGCUGCUUCGCUGAAUAAUGCUGCUGAUAAUGAUGAUAUCGGUUCAAUAACUGACAGUGAAGUGACUGAAAACGAAUGA